AAAGUUAAAUAAAUAACAACAACUCUUUGGGUAGAGAAAAAGAUUUUGGUUGGAUGGUGGUGUAUAGUGAGAUUUAAUUAAGAAUGAGAAAGACGAAGAAGAGCAGCAGUACUACAUCAGAUUCAGAGUGUUGUAAACAAACAGACCAAACCCCUUCUGCUUCUGUUGAUGCUCCUCCCAAGCUUGAUGAUGGCUUCUAUGAAAUUGAAACCAUACGCCGUAAGAGGCUCCGCAAGGGUGAGGUCCAGUACCUGAUUAAAUGGCGCGGGUGGCCGGAGACUGCCAACACUUGGGAACCUCUUCAUAAUCUACAGUCUGUUCCAGAUCUCAUUCAUGCUUUUGAAGAAAGCCUCAAAUCAGGUGGUGGUGGUGUAGGAGUAGGAGUAGUAGGAGUUGGAGUAGGAGGAGCAAAACAUCAUCGCAAGCGCACCCGACGCACCACCACCCUUCCACCUCACUCUCAACCACCACAAACUGGAAUAUCCAAUCUACUCAAUACCUCACAACAACACAUUGCUCAAACCAAUCACCUAAAUCAUCAUUCCAAUGAACUCAAACCAACCCCAAAUACUGGCCUCCAUGCAGAUAACCUCUCAAUACAUUUCCAACAAACUCUCAUUUCAACACCCAAUGAUGCUCGCUCCAACGGGGAUUCACUUCAAACUGACCGCUACACAGGAGCUAAAAGGAGAAAAUCUAGCUCCGUUAAAAGGUUCAAGAAAGAGGAUUCUGCAUGUCAAUCUGUUGACACAAAGAAUGCAACUGACAUAUCUGUUGGUAAGCUUGAACCCGGUGGUUGGACACAAACUGCUGGCUAUAUGGGGAAUAACAGUCAUCAAAGCAUUGCCAAUGCUAUUGUCAAGAUUAUAAAGCCAAUAGGCUAUUCAGCUUCUCUAUCUUGCUACAUGCAAGAUGUAUCAGUCACCUUUAUGGCUUUGAGGUCCGAUGGAACAGAAGUAAUGGUGGAUAACAAAUAUCUCAAGACAAACAAUCCACUACUGCUGAUCAAUUUCUAUGAGCAGCAUCUCCGAUACAAUCCUACUUCUUAAGUAUUGAAGGUGCUUUCUUGUUUUGUAAUUAGAUCUUCCUAUGGUUGUUGUUAUAUAUAAUGGAGUUGUAGAUGCAGCGGAUAGUGAAGGGUUAGGAAAUACGUUGUUUGUUAGUGUAUAACUAUAUAACCAAAUCGUUGAAGACCUCUUAGACCUGCAAUUCUACAUCAUGUUUUAUCCCCUUUACGCAUGAAAAUGGGCUGUGGAAAUUGCCUUAGAUGUACUGAACAUCAUUUGAAUUUGGUUUUUGUUUGUAUUGUUUCGCAUCCCCA